GAACCGGAUUUUAAUCUGCAGAUUUGGAGCCCUAAUUUUGACUGAGAGCGUCUCCUCCGUUUCAAUUCCCCAAUUUUUCCCAAGUGGGGUGGCAAGGACGACAGCAGCAGCCCCAAAAAGUCGCUGCCGGGAAGCAGCGGUCGACGAAGUAAGGAGGUUAAGCGAGGAACUUUAGCGAUUCGGUCGGUUUUCGUUUCGAAUAGGGCACGGAGAUGGCGAAGCGCGAGAUAUCUAGCACUCUCAAGAACUUGAAGUUCAUGCAAAGGGGAGCCCUUAAAGAAGUGAAACCCCAAAAACAAGAAGAGGUUCAACCAGAUGGGAAUUUCCGCUCACCGGGAGGUAUUAGAAAAUGUGUGGUAAUAAUGGAAGGUGAUCCCCACCCUACUGCAGCUAUAGGCCGGUUGUCAUUUGGUAGUUUCAAUCCUUCUGUCGAUAAACUAAAUGAAGAAACAGCGAACCUUGCUUCUCCAGAACCAGCAUCGUCAUCUGGUGGUCACACAAAAGCAAAGGCAUCCCUAAGAGAAAAUGGGUUGUCGCCGGAUGGUGCAGAAUGCUCGGACACAGCCAUGCCUGAUUCUCAUGGAAGUGGAGACCAGAAAAGGAAACAGCCUGAUGUAGUUUCUGAAACAGAAAACUUUAAUACAUCAGCAAAAGCCGUUGAAGGUGGAGAUCAGUCAACAAGGAAGAAGAGCAAGAAAGCUUCUUUUAGGCAGAAGCACCAAAAGCUGGACUUCGCCGUUCUGAGAGCAAAGACUGAAAAUAAAUGAAGAGUAAUGCUGGUUUAACUAUUAAGUGGCUGUAUCAAUGAUGUGUUAGAAAUCCCAGUUUUGUCAGCAUUCUUGAAUGUAUUAGUCACGAGCCUGUACUUGCAAGUUUAACCUUCUUUCUAAUGAUUUCAACUUUCAAGUGCUCUGCUGAAUUGAACUUGUUAAGAAGUUACUAUCUGCUUUGCAGCUUUCGUCAUGUUAACCUGGUG